AUGACCCGAAUUGACGAAGCACUCCGAGACCUGGAGUACAAUCCUACUGCUGAUGCGUUGGGAUCGUUCACGACACAAAUCGAGACGCUUUCCCAUAUGCUCCCGUUCCCCGAAAUGAAAGCAGGUGUCAUGGAUUGCCUCCACAAGAUUCGCUGGGACCGGCGAUUCGACGCCGUGCGCAACGACGAGACGAUGCUCCGUCUAUACAAGAUACUCGGACACUUCACGGAUGCCACUAGACCAGCGCUAGCACUGCGUUUCAAUGACAACGUCCUUACUUCCACUGAAACGAUGCCUAUCAAGUCCACAGAAAUCUCCAGCAACUUCUCGGUGCUUUGUGAUCCGGAUUCAACGAUGAAUGUGACUAAUGAUCGUCUGAACACGUCUGGAAGAUUGAAUAUGGUUUUCGACGAGCUCGCGCCGAUUGAAGAGCCGAAAGAGGAGGAUACCAAAGAUAAAACGGUUUCAAAGAUAAAGAAGGAGCUAGAAGACACUCGUUUAUCAGAAAAAUCGCUCAGGACUCCGCCAACAUUUGGAGAUGAAGAUGAUGUGUUCGACGAUGAGUCGAUCCAUGACUCGAUCGCCACUUCUACACCAAUUGCCGGAUUGGAGGAUGCGGAUGUCGAGAUGUUCUUUGGCAACAAGUCGGUGGCUGGUCGUGAGGAAGAGGCGGCGCCACCAGCUCCACCACCACCAACACCGAAGCAAGUUCCAUCAUCAGCUGCCAACUCAUCGAUUGUCUGGCUUUCUGACAAUCACGAACGUCGCUUGUACCGGGGUGCCGAUGAGAUUCGAUCUGCCAUCGUCGCUAACGAAGCAGAAACAACUGGAAUUCUCAAACGCCGCCGUAGUGAGAUCAUCAGGAAAGGAGACAUAAAUCCGUGGGAUGAGACACUCCGUAAAGGAUUGGUGGAAUCAGUCCGUGCGCCAAUCAACAUGCACGAAUUCCAGGAGAGAGCACCGAAGAUCCAGGCAAACAGGGAUUUUGAGAUCGGAGGAGAAGUGUUCCAUAUCCAAACGCUGAUUGGACAGGGAGGAUACGCCAAGGUGUACAAGGCAUUGAACAAGGAGAAGAAGGUUGUGGCUGUGAAGUAUGAGGUUCCGUCGUGCUUCUGGGAAGUGUACAUUUGCGAUCAAAUGCGCAAUCGGUUGAUCAAGGAUCGCGAGGAUCGAGUGAAGAUGGCUGACUGGUGUAUCAUGAAAGUGAUGGAUGCUUACGUCUUCUCGACUGCCUCAAUCCUUGUCAACGAAUACCAUGAGUAUGGAACACUUCUGGAGUACGCCAACAGUAUAAAGGAGCCGAACUGGCACCUUCUGCUUCUUGCUCACCCAAAUGGCUCGUAUAUUGAAGGAGGUACAUGCUUGAUUGAUCCAAACUGGGACAAGGACGCUCUCAUAAGCAACGAUACGUUUGUGGUGAAGGUUAUCGAUUGGGGACGGGCCAUCGAUAUGAUGCACAUGAAGGGUCAGACAUUCAAGGGAAGUGCUGGAACUGAAGAUUUCGACUCGCCGGAAAUGAUAGACGGACGCCCAUGGAACUAUCAGGCGGAUUAUUUUGGCUUCGCCGCCACUAUGGCUGUUGUGGUUACCGCGAAGUACGGCAAAUUGGCGGGCGGCAAAGUGGGAGAGUACUCGUUGAGUUGUGAUAUCAAGAGACGAAACAUCUUUCGUAAUACCAUCUUCGACAUUAUCAACUUGCUUCUCAACAUUGAAUCCGUCCACACAUUCUCUGAUUGGUCGGAAGCCAUUCAACAGUUUGCCGAUUUCUGGGAGACGAAUUUUGACGGUUCUUCGUGGAGAGAAGCGAUUGCCAAGUUCAACGAAGUCUGUGAGCUGGCUGCUACUAAUCACAACUGA